AUGACGGAUGGUCCAGUGUGCCUGGGGACGGGGUGGCGGGGAGUACUGCUAGAGAAUGAGGAGAAAACUGACUGUAUGUCUUAUGAUACACGACAUGGUAAACUGAGGAUGAAACCCUGCGACAUUUCACUGCCCGUUGCCUGUUCCUCUAGCCCAGGGGCAUGGUGCACUAACGGAUAUACGAGUUCUAAUCCAAAUUUGUCUCGAACAAUAGAGGAAUCAGCGACGGUAUCGCCAUAUUUAUCAACCACAGAGGAAUCAACAACGGUAUCGCUAUAUUUAUCAACCACAGAGGAAUCAACGACGAAAUCGCCAUAUUUAUCAACCACAGAGGAAUCAACAACGGUAUCGCCAUAUUUAUCAACCACAGAGGAAUCAACAACGGUAUCGCCAUAUUUAUCAACCACAGAGGAAUCAACGACAGUAUCGCCAUAUUUAUCAACCACAGAGGAAUCAACAACGGUAUCGCCAUAUUUAUCAGCCACAGAGGAAUCAACGACAAUAUCGUCAUAUUUAUCAACCACAGAGGAAUCAACAACGGUAUCGCCAUAUUUAUCAGCCACAGAGGAAUCAACGACAGUAUCGCCAUAUUUAUCAACCACAGUGGAAUCAACGACAGUAUCGCCAUAUUUAUCAGCCACAGAGGAAUCAACGACAGUAUCGCCAUAUUUAUCAACCACAGAGGAAUCAACGACAGUAUCGCCAUAUUUAUCAACCACAGAGGAAUCAACGAUAGAAGUGACAACAGAAUCAGUAACAACAACAACAAAGAGUUUAAGUUGUCUAAAUUAUGGUGACUUAAUCUUUGAUCCCAACACCACGGAGAUGGUUUUUGAUACAUCUCAACUUCAACCAAACGCAGGUACCCAACAUUCAUUUCCGAAUGGUACAAACGUAAUAUUUGCGUGUCUACACAAUCACCGGCACAGAGGCGGGAAUCUUAACCGAGAAUGUCUUCCCAACGGAACAUGGAGCGGAGAAAAGCCAAACUGUACACGUUGCAUGUGCCCCUGUGAACGCACGAAGAAGCAGGUCAUCAUUAAAAACGAUGAGGAGUUAAAAACUAAAAUAAACAAGAUGAAAAAAGAUCUAGCAAUAAAUAAAAUGGAAGUUAAUCAACGCCUCCGCAAACGAAUAUCUGCUUCUGAUCCGCGCCCCACUGCCAUCGCCAUGGGAACGAUAUUAGGUCCGUUCCUUAUAAUACUUUUUAUUGGCGCCAUCGUAAUAAGCGAUUUGAUGACAAUGGUACGUCACUUUAAGUCUUGUCCUGAUAAAGGAAAGAAAAAGAAGAAAGUAAAGGAAAGAGAAAGAACAAAGCAAGGCGACAAAUCCUUACCUCUGAAGAAUCCCAGUACAGAUAACAAAGUGCCAUAAUAAAAGUGUCAUAUACCACAGUGACUUUUAUAACGGUAGACUAAUUUAACCAACAAAACCAGCAAGCAGGUUUUCAAUUUCCAUUGAAGAGUUUCUUCUGAGUUAUUCAAGGAGAAUCAGAAAUGCCUGAGAGAGGAUACUUACGAAUCAGUCGUCAAAUAUUUAAGGGGGGUGGUAUC